AUGGCUGUGCCGACGGACGACACUCCCGAUAACAACAACUUCAAGGAAGAUGACAUAGACCCCCUCUCGAGAGCUUUGGAUCCUUCAGAACAAAUGUAUUUGGAGGAUGAUACUACUCCAAUGAUGAAAACAAUCAAGUUUAAGGACCUUGAAAAUGCCAGGAAAUUAUGGCCUGACUUUUGCUCCAACCGGAGAGGGUUAUAUAGGCGUGGACAACUUCUCAACUACGGAGAGAAGAGGAACUUGGUUGAUUGUUCAGCUGGAGGUUUCACUGCUGUUCAAAGCAGGAGCAUCCCAGCCGCCCUAUCUGCAGGAGCUGCUGUGGCCGUAACUUCUACACUUUUGGAUGCUGGUGGUCAAAUAACAAGAACUGAUAAUGGGAAGGAGUAUUCCAUUCAUUCACAGAAUAAUCAAUACAAUCUUUAA